UCGGGACCUUUGGAAGAGCAGGCAAUGCUCUUAACCACUGAGCCAUCUCUCCAGCCCCCUCUCAGUGACUUUGAAUGAUUAAGAACAGAACAGGGAGGCAAGGGGUGGCAGGCAGUCCUGCCUUGCGUUUACUGUAGCUCUUCAGCCAUCGGGCGUGUUAUCAGACCUCAAGCUGGUUGGUAGCCUCCUUGCCUGGCUGGUGUCAGCUUGUCACAGUUCUGAGCUCUGCCAGUACUGUAGUCCUGUAGAGAGAACCACUUUUACUGAUCUCAUAACUAGUGCAUCUCUCCCUCCCCUGGGGUGGUCCUGGGAGAGCCAGAGCCGAGGAUGGAGAUGCCGGAAGGGCCAUCUGUGAGGAAGUUUCACCGCCUUGUCUCCCCUUUCGUGGGCCAGAAGGUGGUCAAGACAGGAGGCAGCAGUAAGAAGCUGAACCCUGCCUCCUUCCAGUCUUUGUGGCUCCAGGAUGCCCGGGUGCAUGGAAAACAAUUAUUCCUUCGGUUUGAUCCAGAGGAGGAGAUGGAGCUACUCGGCAGCAGCCCUCAGCCUGUACAAGGAGUGUGGCAGAAAGAGGCCCAGGACCCAGAGCUGGCCCUGGGGCCCCAUGCUCAGGAAACUUCUGCAGGCCCCUCUGGAUCUGGGGAGCCUGUGCCUAGUGGAUCUGAUGAUCCCUGUGGUCCUGGGGGACACAGCCUGUUAGCAGUUGCCCAGAGAUGGCUAGAGGUCAGAUUUGGUUUGUUUGGCAGCAUCUGGGUGAAUGACUUCUCCAGAGCAAAGAAAGCUAACAAGAGAGGUGACUGGAGAGACCCUGUGCCUAGGCUGGUACUCCAUUUUGAUGGCGGUGGCUUCCUGGCAUUUUAUAGUUGCCAGAUGUCGUGGAGUCCUCCCCCAGAGGUUGAGCCCACCUGCGACAUCUUGUCUGAUAAGUUCCAUCGAGGACAAGCCUUGGAAGCUCUGAGCCAGGCUCAGCCUGUGUGCUAUACGCUAUUGGACCAGAGAUACUUUUCAGGAUUAGGGAACAUUAUAAAGAAUGAAGCCUUGUACAGAGCAGGGAUCCAUCCUCUCUCUCUCGGUUCGCUCCUGAGUUCUUCCUCUUUAGAGGCCCUCGUGAGUCAUGUGGUGGAGUUCAGUUCAGACUGGCUUCGGGACAAACUCCAAGGCAAGGAACAGCACACACAGAUCUACAAGAAGGAGCAGUGCCCUUCUGGUCACCAGGUUAUGAAGGCGAGCUUUGGGCCCCCUGGUAGACUCCAGAGGCUUACCUGGUGGUGCCCUCAGUGCCAGCCCCGGCUGCCAUCCGAGGAGCCGUAGAAUCUGCUGUCGUCGUAAAACACUUGGCCAUCUUCAUGGAACCUGUAGCCUUGAAGAUCCAGAUACCAUGUGUCCUAGAGAAAGGUGUAGGCAGGACUCGUAUGACAGGAUGGGGAUGGGGUCCGGAGGGUCAGUAUUGUUGACAUUCAUCUCAUUGGAUUAUGCAUCAGCCACAACUUUCAGGGGGAUAGAUGUUUUCCUUUUCUGGUUAAUUCUGUAUAAUCCCACCAUGUUGUCAAAAUCCUGACAGAGGGUUGGAGAAACUGCCUGGAGCAG